UUCUCUUCAGAAUUCAUCUCCUUUUAUAGGAGACCCAUGGGGGACAAGAAGCAUGCAACUUCAAGUCUUCUUUCGGUGCAGAUGAACUUUUGUCAAUAUUUGCUGCAGAAUACGGUGGAUGGGUAGAUGGUUGGUAGCUGCAGUUGGUGCCUAAUACAACCAAGAAAGAAAACGGUGCAUGUGCAGCCCUUCAUACUUGGGUUGAUUCAACAUAAAGAAUUUAUAUUACCUGAGCAGCUCAGUCUACUUUUCAAUUACAAUGGUGAUCAAAGGUGUGGAGUUGGAAUAUAAGAAGAUCCAAGAUGGCCUCACAGUCAUAGAUUUCUCAUGCAAUAGAUUUGAAGGAGAUAUUCCAGAAAACCUGGGGAAUCUAAAAGGACUUCAUGUGCUGAACCUCUCAAAUAAUGCUUUCACUGGUCAUAUCCCAUCAUCCUUUGGGAAUUUGACACAGCUAGAAUCAUUAGACCUUUCUCAAAACAAGUUGUCUGGAGAGAUACCUCCUGAAUUAACCCAGCUCAAUUUCCUUUCAAAAUUUGAUGUGUCGCAUAAUGGCCUCACUGGACUUAUACCACACGGGCAACAGUUUGGAACAUUUGAAAAUACUUCAUUCGAAUAUAAUAGAGGACUAUGUGGAAGGCCAUUGUCCAAAAUCUGUGGAGAUUCUGACAUUUCAACACCUCCACCUUCAACCAGCUUUGAAGAGAAUCAGGGUCCAAAAUUUUUCUUUGAAUUUGGUUGGAAAGUAGUUGUGAUGGGAUAUGGAUGUGGAUUCGUAUUUGGAGUUGUUAUUGGGCACAUUGUGACAACUAGAAAGCCAAAUUUGGUUAUCAAGAUUUUUGGCAAGAAGCAACGCCAAACUCAAAUAAAGGUGAAUCGUAGGAAGUAGUAAAUGAAUCUUAGUUAAGUAAUGUGGUAUCUUUUUUUUUUUUUUUUUGAAGUGUCAUAUGUACUUCUAGUAUUAUUGUAUCUUAAUGGAUGGAAUUGGAAGUCGAUCUACACAAAGGUCAACUACUGGAUGAGAAAUUGCUUGAUAGAUGUGGAUUGUACACGCCUAUAAAAUGUGUGAAUGUAGUUAGCAACAUUCAGUUAUUCUUCGGUGUAA